AAACUGUUUUGAGAAAUGAGAGCACAGAAAACACUGGAAUUAUGACACAUCAGGGUGACUGACUCCUUAUCCCAGUUUUCAGUAUAUUGUGUAUUGCAACAGCCCAUCCAGUUUUAACAAAGCUAAUUUUGGAAGCAUGAGCCCUGACUCAUUGUUUCUGUAGGUAAGGCAUAAACUUUAAUUCCAAUCUGUCAUUGUGAAUCACUGGUGCUACCAUCACUGUCUACUGAGCGCCAAGGGGUCGCUUGUUUCCUCACGUCUGCCAUUAGACAGUAGUGAUCUGAGGCAGUGAUGGCAUUCCGGACCCAAUUAUUUUCGGUGAGCUGCAUCCUUUGGCUCCCAAACUGCUCUUCGAUUAAAUGCUUGAAAAUAGCCCAAGAACGAGGGGAAAACGUGCACAUAAAACCAAAAAAGGCGUCUACCAUUGUCAGGUCGUGAUAUGCACGUUUAAAUAAAAUUUUACCUGGACAAAUUUUGAUCGCCUUCAUCUGUUUGCCAAAUGGACUAGAUUGACGUGCACACUUUGUUUCUGCAAUGAAUCCUCUUCAGAGAAUGAUUUUGUAAUUUAUUUGCAGAUUAUCGUUUUGACGCUUAUAAAAAGCAGUAGCAGUACGCAAAUCGGGGAGCCAAAUAAAAUGCCCUUUAGCCGAAGCGAUUCGGUUCCUAACGUUCGCCAAAAAGAGCCGUUCGCGAACGACCCAUCACUAUCAGACAGGAUUUGGGCCGAUCCAACAGAGCCCGUGAGUGGUAGCCAUUUUGCUCCCACCUAAAACACUUUCAUUCGGAAUCGAAGAUGGAAGAAAUGGAACCGACGGCAAGUCCAAAAUCUCAACAAUUCUGAAACCCAGGAAUACAGACGGAUAUCAAGGCACACACGGAUAACAUCACAACAAAAUUGCGAUUUUGGGAGCGGUGACAUCUGAACCAUCCGCAGUCCACUGAGUAGCCUAGAUUGGAGUCGAUCAGCCGCAGCUUAGUUCAAUUUAACAGCUAAUGUAUUGUCUUUUUUUUGCAAUGAAACAUAGUUAACAACAUUAAUUCUGAACAUAAAGAACGAUAGGGCGAAUGCCCUGCUGCCGAAGAGCGUUAUAGGGAAAUACAUGUCAUUCAAUUCUGUCUGAGUCUUCGGGACAUCUUGAGACACAUUUGGAUUGGAUGGACCGAUGUUGAGACAGUUGCCGAAUUCAUGGUUUGUGUCCAAAUGCAAGAAUACAAUCGCCUCCCCUCGUAUUGCCAAAGGAGGUGCAGAAUAUAGGGAAAUAGACAACAUUUCAACGAGAAAAUGUCAACAAAAACUCCUCUACCUACAGUCAAUGAGAAAGAGACGGAGAGCCAUACGUCUCACAGCAAUGGGCGCCAGGAGGUCACCGCUCGCUCUGUCCGCUCAGGGGUCCGCACCCGGAACUCUGGUGCCGACGAGCAGCCUCAUGUGGGGAACUACCGACUCCUGAAGACCAUUGGGAAGGGCAACUUCGCCAAGGUCAAGCUGGCCCGUCACAUCCUCACUGGCAGAGAGGUGGCGAUAAAGAUUAUCGAUAAGACACAACUGAACCCAAACAGCCUUCAAAAGCUCUUCAGAGAAGUAAGAAUAAUGAAGAUUUUAAACCACCCAAAUAUAGUCAAGCUGUUUGAGGUGAUCGAGACAGAGAGGACGCUGUACCUGGUGAUGGAGUAUGCCAGUGGAGGAGAGGUCUUCGACUACCUUGUUGCACACGGAAGGAUGAAGGAAAAAGAGGCCAGGGCUAAAUUUAGACAGAUCGUUUCUGCUGUGCAGUACUGCCACCAGAAGCACAUUGUUCAUAGAGACCUGAAGGCAGAGAACCUGCUGCUGGAUGCAGACAUGAACAUUAAGAUAGCGGACUUUGGCUUUAGUAAUGAGUUCACCAUGGGGAACAAGCUGGACACGUUCUGUGGCUCCCCACCCUACGCCGCCCCGGAGCUGUUUCAGGGGAAGAAGUAUGAUGGGCCCGAGGUGGACGUCUGGAGCCUGGGGGUCAUCCUCUACACACUGGUCAGCGGCUCUCUGCCCUUCGACGGGCAGAACCUUAAGGAGCUUAGGGAGAGGGUUCUGAGGGGGAAAUAUCGUAUCCCCUUCUACAUGUCCACAGACUGCGAGAACCUCCUCAAGCGCUUCCUGGUGCUCAACCCGGCCAAGCGGGGGACUCUCGAGGUGAGGGAGGACAGCGAAAAUCAAAUCAUGAAAGACCGCUGGAUCAAUGCGGGAUCGGAGGAGGACGAGCUCAAGCCUUUCGUAGAACCAGAACAGGACAUCGCAGAUCAGAAGAGAAUAGAUGUAAUGGUGGGGAUGGGCUUCUCUCCAGAGGAGAUCCAGGAGUCUCUGGCCAAGAUGAAGUAUGAUGAGAUCACUGCCACCUACCUACUGCUGGGGAGGAAGUCUUCUGAGCUGGAGCCCAGUGUUUCAACCUCCAGCAGCAACCUGUCCCUGGCUAAACCCCGGCCCACCAGCGAGCUCAAUGGCCAGUCCCCCUCACACCUCAAAGUCCAGCGGAGCGUCUCCUCCAACCAGAAACAGAGACGCUACAGUGAUCAGGUGGGUCAGAAUGUUCCCCCAGGUUCAGGACACCCUAAGAGGAGUCAGACCAGCACGGCCGAAAACAACAUCAAAGAGGAGGGAGGGCGCAGUGUCCCCGGGGGGCGCUGUGUCCCCCCACCCAGCCCCUUGCUGGGGAACGCCAACAACCCCAACAAGGCUGAUAUUCCCAAUGGCAGGAAGGGGGUUACCACUGUUCCCAACAGUUUCUGUUCCACCCUGCAGAAUAACGCUGGAUCUGACGGGAUGACGAGGAGAAACACGUAUGUGUGCAGCGACAGGAACGCUAUGGACUGUCUCUCUGUCAUUCCCAAUGGGAAGGAGAACAGUGUGGCCGUGUCUCCUGGCCAGCGGAACCCCGUGGCAUCCACCCACAGCAUUACCAGCGCCACCACGCCAGACAGACUACGUUUCCCACGAGGCACGGCGAGCCGCAGCACCUUCCACAGUGGUCAGCUGAAGGAGCGCCGCACGGCCACUUACAACGGGCCCCCAGCCUCACCCACCCUGUCCCAAGACACAGCGCCCCUUUCCCAGACCCGCAGCCGCGGCUCCAGUAACCUCUUCUCCAAACUCACCUCCAAACUCACACGCAGAGUCUCAACCGAGUUUGAAAGAAACGGGAGAUUUGAGAGCUCAAGUCGCCAUGUACCUGGGGAUCAGAAAGGGGAAAGUAAAGACAGUGAACCCCGCUCCCUCAGAUUCACUUGGAGUAUGAGGACCACCAGCUCCAUGGAGCCUUGUGACAUCAUGCAGGAGAUAAGCAAGGUGCUCGAGGCCAACAAUUGUGACUAUGAACAGCAAGAGUGUUUCCUGCUGCUCUGUGUCCAUGGCGAUGCUGAGAACCUGGUCCAAUGGGUGAUGGAGGUGUGCAAGCUGCCCCGUCUCUCCCUCAAUGGCGUGAGAUUCAAGAGGAUAUCAGGCUCAUCCAUCGCUUUUAAAAACAUUGCUUCCAAAGUCGCCAAUGAGUUAAAGCUAUGAACAAAAAGGGUAAAACUAUAUCUAGAAAGUAUACGCUGUACAAUCUUUUUUUUUUUCAAAAUACUGAGUGUGGCAAUAAUCACGGAAUUACUAAUAUCUACAGUAUAUAAUCUGGUCAUCAGGAGUUGUAUAUGGUUUGUCAUACUGAGAAAAUUGACUAAAAUAGCAUUUGUCUCUUUGAUAUUAUUUGUCAUCUAAUGAAAGUGAAUCUGAUUUUCAAGACAGCCACACAUUGUUAUACACAAUUUCUUUAACUUCAAAGAAUAUAUAAGAGGUGGAGUUCAUGUAAAUGCUCACAUGGUAAGAUCACCAGUGUCUCAAUAAAAUUCUGUAAACUUGA